GCAUUUUUCAGGCGUGCGAAAAAAUUCCUUAGCUCCCAAAGAAAUUCCACAACGAUUUUUGCCACCUUAAAGUAUUGAAAUAAGAGCAGAAAAGCCAGUGAAUAAAAUUUAAAUAUUUUAAUCUAAAUCGAAUAGAGUCCACUUGAGCAGCAAGCACGCGACAUGGCGUGUCCUUUCUUUAGGCGAGCGGACUCGCUGACACGCCAGCCCUCGGUCAUCGCCGAGCCUGGUGGCCACUGGGCGCUCGAGGAUGAGGAGCUAUCGGAUGACGCCCUAACCCUCACGCACCUCCAGAUGGCCAUUCAGCUUCUGACGGCACCAUCGAACGAGGAUCUCAACACGGCAGUCACUUCCUUGGUGGCCAAGUACCGCCAGAACUGGCCCAACAUUCACAAGCUGAAACUGGACCCGCAGACCUUCAAGAGCUGCGCCAACUAUGAUUAUCUGGCAGACAUUCAGGAGCUGCUUCUGAAGAUGGAUGAGGCGAGUGCCAGCGAGAUCCUAGUGCUUCUGGGCGAGGAGCUGAUCACCUGUUGCUGCACGGGAAUAAUUGAAAGAGCCUUCCGUUGCCUGGGCACCGACCUACAGGAAUUUCUAGGUUCUCUUGAUGGGGUCUACGAUGUGCUGAAGCUACAGGAGGAGGAUGUCACCGACACUGGAUUUGUGUGCGCUGGCGAGGGAGAGCUGAUCUUCACCUCGGAGCGUCCGGUGAUUGCCUGGUUGCUUCUGGGCUCUCUAAAGGCCCUCACCCGAAUGCUCUAUAAGGUAGAUGUGAACAUCAAGAUCGAACCCGUGGAGGGAGAUGCCCGCAGGUAUCGCUAUCUCUUCUCGCUGGUCAAGGAUAACUCCCAGACAAUGCUAAUGGGACGCCCUGCCUCCGUGAGCAAAACUAUUCCAGAAACGGUGCAGAGGAGCAAUUCCAGCAAUGCCUCGGACUUGCAAAUGAACUCAUCCAGCUUCUGCAAGAUGUUUCCCUGGCACUUUAUCAUGAACGAGCAACUGGAGUUGGUCCAACUGGGCAGGGGAUUCAGCAAGUUGUACAAGCCCUAUAUGGCGGAUUUCGGAUGCCAGGCGACGACCUACUUUGAUUUCAAACGCCCAAAGGGACUGACCAUGAAAUUCCGGGAUAUUGUAAGGCGUACAUACACGCCUUUCCUAAUUGGAUUGAACAAUCCGCCAGGAGCCGUGGAUUUCCCGGCCAUCGGAUUGGAGAUCAAGGGUCAGAUGGUGCACUGUCCCGAAUCGAAUUCCCUUCUGUUCAUUGGCUCGCCCUUCCUGGAUGGCUUGGAUGGCCUGACCUGCAAUGGACUUUUCAUUUCGGACAUACCCCUACACGAUGCCACCAGGGAGGUGAUCUUGGUGGGCGAACAGGCCAGGGCACAGGAUGGCUUGCGCAGGCGCAUGGAUAAAAUCAAGAAUAGCAUCGAGGAAGCCAAUUCGGCGGUGACCAAGGAGCGAAAGAAGAACGUCAGCCUACUGCAUCUUAUCUUUCCCGCCGAAAUCGCCGAGAAGCUAUGGCUGGGCUCUUCCAUCGACGCUAAGACCUACCCGAAUGUCACGAUCCUGUUUAGCGACAUUGUGGGCUUCACCAGCAUCUGCUCGAGGGCUACUCCCUUCAUGGUGAUCAGCAUGCUGGAGGGUUUGUACAAGGACUUUGAUGAGUUCUGCGACUUCUUCGAUGUCUACAAGGUGGAGACUAUAGGGGAUGCCUACUGCGUAGCCAGCGGACUCCACCGCGCCUCCAUCUACGAUGCUCACAAGGUGGCAUGGAUGGCGCUCAAGAUGAUCGAUGCCUGCUCGAAGCACAUUACCCACGACGGCGAGCAAAUCAAAAUGAGGAUUGGCCUGCACACGGGCACGGUCCUCGCCGGAGUGGUGGGCAGGAAGAUGCCCAGGUACUGCCUCUUCGGGCACAGCGUCACCAUAGCCAACAAAUUCGAGUCGGGCAGCGAGGCGCUGAAGAUCAAUGUCAGCCCCACAACCAAGGAUUGGCUGACCAAACACGAGGGCUUUGAGUUCGAUCUACAGCCGCGGGAUCCCUCCUUCUUGCCCAAGGAGUUCCCCAAUCCCGGCGGUACCGAGACUUGUUACUUCCUGGAGAGCUUCCGAAAUCCGGCUUUGGACAGCGAACUGCCGCUGGUGGAGCACAUCAAUGUGGCCAUGAAGACCAUAUCGGAGGGCGGGGAUGCAUAGACGGCCAGGUCUUCAAGCCAUAACCCCAUUCCUCCCGUAGACCCACACGCUCAGUAGUCGUAGUUCGGUGCACUUGUAAUUGUGGUUUUGCUGUUCCCCUGCUUAGCCUGAAAACAAUAAACUAUCCCAUUCGAAUGGUUGCAUUCCA